AUGGCGUCCAAAGUUGACGCGUAUUACAUAGACCCUCUCUACCACCACAUCGUCUGGGGAAUUAUCGGGACAGUCCACAUCUUCUCCAGCAUCUUCUCCAUCGCCAUGUUAGCACUGGAGGGCGUUUUCAGCAGUCAACCAAUCGCGUUUCUGCUUCAACUCUUUCCGUUCUUCGGAAAAACGUAUCACGUUACCAUUCUAAUCUACCUCAGUUUGAAUGGCUUCAUGUCGAUUGCUGACGUUUUCGUAGCCCUGCUGGCCAGAGCACCAUCAUUUCAAACCCAGAAUCUCCGUUUACCGCGAACAAUGGCAAGCGAGUACCAAUCGAACCGACAGUUCAGACACCAUCUCCACCUGGUCCAGUCUCAACACAACUGCUGUGGCAUUCACUCGACUUUAAAAAACUUAACGAUCCACGAAACGGGCUGCCAGAAAAUAAUCCUAGAGUUUAUCGAACACUAUUUUUGCCUGGUGACUCUACUUACCUUAACUCUAGCUUUUCAGAAGACAGUCCUGGUGGCUGUGUCCUUUGUGGCCAUGCCGAGAAAGUCUGCCCUAAUCGAACGCGAUAACAAAGCUAGCCUUAGAGCUUCCAAGAUGAAACAGGCUAAAGAUCGGUUUCUGCUAUUUCCGACUAAGAAGAGUCUGAAGUAUGAUUUCAGAGGUGGUGACGACAGUAGCGCCAGUGGCCGCGGUGGUAGUCUGAGUGGCGGCAGUGGCGUUGGGCUGAGAAUUAGCAGUAGUAGUAGUAAGAUAAGUACUGCUGGGCUGACGUAUGAAGAGAGGUUGAAGAAUGUCUUGAAAUGGAAUAAGAAGUAUGGUGAUGAUAACUUUUAG